UAUAAAAAUCGUUGGAGCAGCCAGUAGCUUAGUUUAAAAAGAAAAGAAAACAUACAUAAAAAUUCAAAUCUUUUCUGAACAGACAAAAUUUUUGAAAAUAUCGCAAUUGCAAUGGCACCGAAAUUCAAUAAUAGCGCCGACGUUCUGACACUGAACAUCGUUGAUCUGAGGAAAAUAGUUCCCCCUGCCGAGAUCGAGUGUCUGGAGCAGAAGAAACGCAACGAGGAGGAGUUGAAGGCCGAACGUGAAGAUAUCCACGUGAAACUGAAUAAAACGCUGCAGCGCCUCAUCAGAGUGGACGACCAGUUGGAGGUGGACCGCAUCAGUGACCAGGAGUACCGAUACUUGGAGUCCCUGAGGAGAAGGAUGAGUUUGCGGCACCAACUGUUGGCCGAGAGACUGGUUCGCGUCGGAAGUCGACUGGCCAGGGCGAAAUUCGAGCUCAGCAAGCUUGAAACUGCCAUUUACGAGAACCUCUUAAACCGCGGAUUGAUUUAAAAUGGGAGUCGGAAGAAUGGAUUUAACACACUUUUCAAAAUUUAAAGUUAACGCGAGAUUCUAGUCGGGCAAACUAUUACAAAUGGAUGUGACGAUGUGAGGCUCUAAAGAAUUAUUUUUUAUAUUAUGCAAAGGACGUGGGCAAGCUAUAUAUGUACCCUGUAUAAUAUCUUUGUUCUUAGCAGUCUACGCACUAUGAGUCCCCAUUCGGUUUACCCUCAAAAUUGUUUUAAAAAUAUAUCUCAAUAAAUGUAUAAUUAGGAAAUUUACAAUAGUGUAUUACGGAAAA